AUGGAUACUAACAUGGACAGUCCAUCAUUUGAUCAUCAGUCCGUUUAUGUUUCAUUUGAGGAACGACGGUGGUUGUUUAAACAACGUGCAAUUCAUGGCCUAGACAAAUUCAUAAAGCCAAUCGCUGAUUUUCAGAAAAUGAUUCGUGGAUACCAGCAAUUUUCUAUCGUACAAAAAUCAUCAUCCUCAAUGGUGGCAGCACCACAAUUGGCAGAUCAACAUCGUCUAUAUUAUCAAUCAGCAUUAAAUGGUAAUACAGAUAUUCAAAUUGAUCAAUUUCGUCGUCAUCAUCAACAAAUGUUUCAGUUAAUAUUUGCUGAUGCAUGUACAAAUGUAGAUUAUCGUAUAUUUAUUAUUAUAAUUGAAGGAUUUGUUUUCUAUUCGUCUACAACAGUGAAAGAAUAUAAGUCAUUAAUGAAGCAUGAAAUGAAUAAAUGUUUAUCCUCAUUUCAUUCAUUUAUAGAAACACGUGCUUCGAAAAUAAUAAAUCUUGGAUUAUUUCUAAGGAACUUAUCUCUUCCCUGUUAUACAAUUGUUCGGCCACAUAGUACUGACGUACUCUUUCAACUUUUACCCAAAGUACAUUAUCGUAUGAGUUCAAGGGAAAAAUAUAAUUCAAUAAUGGCUGUUGAUGAAUAUUCUAAACAUAUUAUUUCACCGGAAGAACUUCGUUUUAUUGACUAUAGCAUGAAUAUGAAAAAUAAACCUUUCGCGGGAUCAUUAAAUCAUACAAAACUAAAGUCUAAUCCAGCUAUUGCGGUGAAGCCUAAUGUAUUCUCUGGACGAACAUUGGGAUCGAUGCCAAGCUCUUUUCCUAUAUUACAUUCGCACGCAAUUAUAUAUCCAUAUGAUGAUAAUAAUGUAUAUGGUCAAAAGUAUCCUUCGUUCUGGAAGGGUAAUAAUUAUAAAAAUGAAAAUAGUAAAGCUUUAUUUGAAUCGAUUUCCAUUGACAAAACAUCAGCAGAAUAUUUAUUUGUGCAACGAGCGUUUCAUCAGACAGUUUCUGAUACGAACACUGAAAUUGCAUUUGUUGAACGUAUAGAAAAUCGUCAUCUAUGGGAAAAAUUUUGUUCACAUCGUUCAUAUAUGCAACGAAAAAAUGAUCCUGUAAAUCUAAACGAAACUUGGUUAUUUCACGGAACAAAGUCUGAUAAUCAUCAUCAAAUAAUGGCGCAUGGUUUUAAUCGUUCAUAUUGCAUGGAUUAUGUUUUAUAUGGUCGUGGAGUUUAUUUUAGUCGUUAUGCUGGUUAUUCAUCCGUUUAUAGUGAUCAUAAAGAAGUAUCGUUUCUUUUCCUAUGCCGUGUGCUUGUUGGUCAUCAUGUACGUGGCAAUAACGAUAUUCGUGUACCACCAAUGAUACCGACAUCAAAUGGAAAAUUAAUUCAAGCUGAUUCGACAACGGAUGAAAAAGAUCCAUUUAGUAUUGUUUGUACUUUUCAUGAUGAUCAGAAUUAUCCGGAAUAUAUUAUAACGUUUAUGGAUAAAAUAGCGUGA